CCUCAUUUCUUCUCAUUUGUUAAUUUCAGUCACACCUCCACAUCAUCACUGACUCUGACUGUGUAUUUAAGGCAGCUGUGCUUCUGCUGUCUCUCAAACACAAGACCAGCGUCACACCAUGUUUGUUCUGGGUCUGCUCACCUGUAUUGUGCUGAGAGCAUUCAGUGCUCAGGCAAAAGUGGUCGAGACCUUUGAUGAGUGUAGCAGGUUUUUCUACAAAGACACAGCACCACGAGGAAUGGAUCAGAAUGCCAAGAAAAUCUGUCAGAGGUUUGAGAUCACCUCUGUUGGAGUUAGGAGAUCAACUCCAUACAACUGUGUUUACUACGCUACACUGUACUCUGUUCCCCACCGGAUUCCCCUCUACAGCGCCUACACACCGAAAUGGUCAUGCUCAGACACUACUGGAAGGACAAACAAGUGGCACUUAGAGCCACAGAUUUCUAAAACUCAGUCCCCAAUUGAUUAUAUGGUCGCUGAGCAUCAAAACAAUCAAGAUACUCUUAAAGUAAAUCAAGCCAUCAGCAGCGACUACAGCAAGACCGGAUAUGAUCGAGGACAACUGAACCCCAACAGCUUCCAUUGUGGUAACGGCCCUAAUGCAACGUUUACACUGACCAAUGCAGCACCUAUGGACGCAUGUUUCAACCGGAUCCAGUGGAAGAACUGGGAGAGAACUUUGAAGAGUUUUUUAAUAAAGAAGCUUGACAGUGAGGAGGCAACAGCCUACAUUGUCACGGGUACAGUACCUGAUGCAAAUCUACGGAUACCACAGAAGGGAAUGUCUGAAGAGCCGGAAAGGGUGACGGUGCCCUCUCACAUCUGGACGGCUGUCUGCUAUAACCACAAUUAUUAUGAUAAAAACUCUUUUUCCUUCGGCUAUAUAGGAGAAAACCUGCCGGGAGGUAAAGUAAACCUGAUGAGUGUCUCACAGCUGAACAAUCGGCUCAAUCAACUCUAUAAGCUCUCAAAUAUUAAGAUCUUUGUGGAUGACUGUUUUGAAGACAGUAAUAAAUUAAACAAGGUUAAGAAAGCAUUUCAGAAAUUAAUCGGUCUCCCAGUGACCCCAGAUGUGCAGAAAACAUAUGAUGCGCUCCAAACAGUCAGCUCUAAUGGAGAGGAUGUCGUGUUGACUGACAUGAUUGUAAAAUUAACAUUCAACAGUUUGAGCUCUUAUUCCACUAUGGCAGAAAAGCUGAAGGUUUUUAGUGAAAGUGCUUGUUUUAUAACUAAUUAUGGACAAAAAUCUGUUGAAUGCCAGUUGGGCUCAAAGAAGCGCAAGAUUGCAGCUGAUGGCUCGCCCUGUUUAAGAAUCUCUGACUCUGGUUCAGGCUGUCGCUGUAACACAGGAGGUAAAACCAAGCGCUGCUGCUCCACUCCCUGUCUGUACCAGGAUGAUGUCAAGAGCUACAGGUGUUACUCAGGCCAGAAAGAGAUAGCGUGUUCGCCCCAGUACUCACUCAUCACGUAUAAAGGAGAGCGAUGCAUGGAUGAUCACCCCUGCGGCACAUACGGCAAGGACUACUACUGGUGUAACACCAUCUCUGGCCGCUCUGACUACUGUAGUCCUCCGCUGUGGAGAAGUAAGGCUAAAAACGGGCAGUACUGCCGCAACAACAACGCCUGUGCCAAAUAUGGUAAAAGCCAGCAAUGGUGCUACACAGAUGAUGGCAAUAAACAUGAGUGCUGUACUUCUGACUGCUACUCCACUGUGAAUGGCAAAACCUGCAAGCCUGAUCACCCCUGUGGCAAACAUGGUAAUGAUCACCUGUGGUGCCAAACUACUGAUGGCAGCUGGGAUAAAUGCUGCACAGAAUGUUCCUCUGUUCCUGUUUCCAGAAGCACACGGCGGCGCACUGGGCAGAACUGGUCAUAGACAUUAAAACGCAUUUUAAAACGCUGUGUCAAGUUAAAAGUUCGACUUCUGAAAACACAUCUCAACACCCUGUGCUUUUUUCCAUGUUGUUUGCAUUUUAAAAUCACAAGUGCGUUCCUUCAUUUAGCUCACCGCAGUAUAUAGACAGAUGUACGCAUACAUGUCUGUGGGAAUGUAGACAAGUUUCAAUAAACCAUUGUUGAUUCAAAGAGCUGAUAAGGAUAUAAUAAAGGUGUUGAGCAAAAUUGAUAGACAUACUGUGUACGCUUUACAAGGUAAAAUGGAAAAUUAACAUAAAAUGCAAUAAAUGCAGGGUAUUAAAGUUAUUGAGGUACUGUUUUUUUUCCCUUAGCACCCCCACUGAACUGUUAAGCCCUUACUUACUUCUGUUAAGGUAUUCAGUGUGUUUGAGCCUCUUAUCAUUCAGAUUUUAUAUUAAUACCAUUUUCAUAAACACAACACUAUUGUCU